AUGGCCACUCAAAGACCCUCUUCAUCUACUUCUGAAAUAAAAAGAGAUCAUUCAUCUCCGCCUGGAUGGAAAUAUGAAGUUUUCCUUAGCUUCUAUGGCAGAGACACUCGAAGGGGUUUUACAGAUCAUCUACGUGCUGAUUUAAAACGGAAAGGCAUUCUCGUCUUUAGGGAUGACGAAACACUCAAGCAAGGAGAAUACAUUUCUCAAGCGCUUCUAAAAGCAAUUCAAGAAUCGGAAUACGCCAUCGUCAUUCUUUCAGCAAAUUAUGCUUCUUCCAAAUGGUGCCUCAUGGAACUGGCCGAGAUCGUUGAAUGGGAGACAAAGACGAAGUUGAUCACAAUUAUACCUAUUUUCUACCAUGUGGAUCCUUCAGACGUAAGAAAUCAAAGAGGGACUUUUGCAGAAGCUUUCGCCGCACAUGAAAAAGAUCCCCAGGUAGACAUCAAAGAGAUUGAUAUGUGGAGAAAUGCUUUCAGAAAAGUCGGCAAUAUUGUAGGAGAGCACAUACAUGACAAGUACGAAUCAACAAUUUUACAAAAAGUCUGUGGACGUAUAUCUAAUGAGUUGAAUUCUAGAUUCUCACGUCAUGAUUAUGAUAAACUUGUUGCAAUAGACUCCCAUGUAGACGAAAUGAUGAAGUUAUUGGAUAUGGAAUCGAACGAUGUUCGCUUUGUAGGAAUUCAUGGGAUGGGCGGAGUAGGGAAGACAACGCUGGCCGAAAUAAUUUAUGAUAGAGUUUCUAAUUCUUAUUGUCGAUUUGAAGGAAGCAGCUUUAUUUCUUGUAUUAGAGAAAAAUCUACCACUGCUCGUGAUCUAGCUUCUUUACAAAAAGAACUCCUUUCUACAAUCAUGCAAGAAGAAAUACAUGUAUGGGAUCAUCACCAGGGAAUUGGGAUGAUAAUGAAGAUGCUGCAGAAUAAAAGGGUUUUUAUUGUCCUUGAUGAUGUGGAUAGUGAAAAGCAACUGACGACAUUAGCAGGGAAUCAGAAAUGGUUUGGUCCAGGGAGUAGGGUGAUUAUAACAUGCAGAGAUAGUCAUCUGUUGAGAACACAUGAAGUGAAUGAUAUCUAUAAGGUUAAGCAGCUUGAAAUAGCGAAAGCUUUGCAACUCUUUAGUUUGUCAGCUUUCAAGAAAACCCAUCCAAUAGAGGAUUACAAGGAUCUAUCUAUGGAUUUUGUAAAUUAUGCUCAAGGCCUUCCUUUAGCUCUUAAAGUUUUGGGCUCCUUCUUAUAUGAGAGAGAAAUAGAUGCAUGGAAAAGUGAGAUAGAUAAACUAAAAGCAAUUCCUAAUCCAAAAAUUAUGGAUGUACUUCAAAUAAGUUUUGAUGGGCUGCAUGAAUUGCAAAAAGAGUUAUUUUUGGAUAUGGCGUGUUUGUUUCGAGGACAGCUUUGGGUGGAUAACAUAAUUUCUGAGAUGUUAUUUGAAAGUUUUGGUCAUUAUCGCAUCGACAUUGAUGUUCUCCUCGAGAAGUCCCUCAUAAGCAAAUCAAAAUAUGGAUGGUUGUCCAUGCAUGAUUUGCUAAAAGAACUGGCUAGGGAAAUAGUUCGCCGCGAAUGCCCUGAAGAACCUGGACGACGUAGUAGACUGUUUCGUGUGGAGGAUCUCUAUCACGUACUGAAGAACGAUACUGGAACUGAUGCAACUAAAGGCAUAGUCGUGCAUUCUUGUGCUGAAACGAAAGAUCAGAGACUCAACGCCAAAGCAUUUUCAGAGAUGAGAAAAUUGACAUAUCUUAAAUUCCUUGAUUCUCGAACCUUAAAAUGGCGUGGAGAUCCUUUAAAAUACAUGCCAACAAAUGAGUUACGAUACCUAGAGUGGUCUGGAUAUCAUUUGAAAACCUUGCCGAGCAGUUUCCAACAAAAAAAUCUUACUGUACUAAGGUUGUGUGACAGUCGUAUCAAACAACUAUGGAAGGGGUCGAUGGUUUUAGACAAUUUGAAGGAAUUUGAUCUGAGUUAUUCUGAGAACUUGAUUGAAUUACCAGAUUUGACUGGAGCCCCAAAUCUUGAGAUAAUAAACCUUUCAGGUUGUAGAAGGUUGUGUGAGGUCCACCCAUCCAUCCGAACUCUUAAACGAUUACAUGAAUUGGAACUUGACAAAUGUUCAAGCGUUGAGAAGUUACCAGAGCUGAGUAGUUUGGAAUAUUGCCUGGCCUAUCUUUGGGCACAGGAAACUGCUAUAACACAAAUAAAUCUAAUGCGCAUCCGUAAGUUUCAUAUUCAAGUACGCAAGUUGAUGCGACUUAAAUCAAGAGAUCCCAUCUAUGAUAUCGGAUCACUUGUAGAAUAUCGGAAGGAAGGAAUAUGUGAUUACAUAGAAGCAAAGUGCAUUGAUUUUGACAGCAAAGGAGAAAAUAUUUUAGACAUGGCAGGUGUAGUUGUUUCGGCUUUAGAUGACGAUUCGAGGAUGAUAAGAGGAUGGUCGUUGGGAUUCCAUAUCCCAGAGUGGGUCCAGUAUAAAAGUAAUGGCUCCUCUGUGAAGAUAGAUUUGGAUGCUAAUACGAAUCCGGAAAUGGGGUUUGCUUUCUUUUUUGUCUGUGAUUCUGGUCAAUUCUUUUCCAUUGAUGAUGGAGCUACUUCAAUUUCUUUAUUAUUCAAGGGAUCGAAUAUUAAAAGGUCAGGGGUGAUGCUUAAAUUAGGGUUUGAGACUGACGAAGAAGAUUUUGUGGAAAAUAAGUGUUUGGAAUACGUAUUAAUACCUCCCUUAGACGUCUCUUUGGGUAAGCGAAUUGGAUUCUGGGCGUAUAUACCGGCGGUUUUGCGGUUUUUGGAUAUACGGAGGGUCAAUAAGAUUUCAUUUAAAUCAGGCUGGUAUCCGUAUUUAUCCAAGAGUUUUGAAAAGGUAGUAGAAGUGAAAGAAUGUGGGGUGCAUUUAGUAUGUCCAGAUGAUUCUAAUUCAAAGUUAAUCUAUAAUAGCAUUGCUCCUUUUGGCCGUUCCAGAUCUUCUAAUUCAGAUUUCCAUCGACAAUUUUCUGUUUUAAUGAAAAAGAAAGAGGACGUAGAACAUUAUAUGUUCUUCGGGAAAAAGAAAUAA